AUGAUGUGGUUUCUAAAAUCGAUACUUUCACUUAUAAUAAGUAUCCAACGUUCCCAAGCAUCAAUUUCCAGACUCGCCGAUAGAAUUUUAAGAUGGCAACCGAUGUACAUUUUAGGCAGAUUAACGUACUGUGUUUACCUCGGCCAUUUCACUUUAUUAAUGUCGAAGGCAGCAGUAACGAGAACCCCAGUAUAUGUCAACUAUAUUUUAAUUAUACACAAUGUUAUAGGCGAUUUAAUAAUGUCAUAUAUACUCGCAUUUUUUAUUACUAUAUUAUUAGAAAUGCCAAUUUCGUCUUUACAAAGAUUAUUCAUACCACCACCUUCUAUUAAUGACGAAAACAAAAAUAAAUAA